AUGUUAAAAACAAAUUUUUUACAACAACAUCAUCAACCCCCAGAAAGUACUAGAAGUGAACCAGACUUAAGGCCCCUGAGAAGAGAUGAAAUAAAUAGCCGUUGGUUUGUAGCUAUUCAGGAUCAUCAGCCUAGAAUGGGGGGAAUGAAUGAAGAAUUGCUUUUUAGAAGACACCAACUUAUUAAGGUUUAUGGGGAUGUGGACAUGAACGGCUUCUUUUGGGCUGAAGCUAGAGGUCGUUAUGGAUUUGUACCUUUCAACAAAUUAGUUGAAAUUGCUAAAGACGACCUUUUUCUGGCCGCUGAACAACAUGCCGGGACUUCUAUGCCAGAGGGUGGUCAACAACAACCUUGGGCUGGAGGGAUUUCGUCCAGUCAGCGUAGAAUGAAAUGGGGUUCAAUCAAGUCAAGGAGUUACGAGCACACAGAAAGCCAAGGACGUUAUGGGAACUACCAUGGAGCCGUUCAAGCAGAUUAUGAACCAGGACGGGGCUCUCAGCCUUUGUAUUACCCCGAUCCUUACGUUGAGAGAACAGCAAGACGAGGAAGACAACUUCCCGAGUAUCGUGGAGCAACCGUUGGGGUUGGAGCUCCAAUUGAACAGAGAAAUCUGCCCAACCUUGGAGAUGUCAAAACAACUAGUGGGGGUGUUGUUGUGGGUAGAGAAAAGGAAAAUGCCGCUCUCCGUUAUCGUUCUCCUCAAGUAAAUGGUGGAGGAACUAGACAAGGAAGGGAGAAAAAGAGGAUAAUGAUUCCUGAAUCGUCUACUAAAGAGGAAGAAGAACAAAUGGCAGAAAUUUCAAAAUAUCAGCAACAAUACAGUAACAAUUCCAAAUACUAUCAACAAAAAACUUCGCUAGACGAAGAAGAACAACAACAGGAUGAUGGGUUUUCUUAUGAUGAACAACAACAAGGAGGGGGAGAAUAUCAACAAUUGAGAGGAAUUCAAAGCCAGUUAAUGAUAGCUAAAUAUGACUAUGAUUCGAGGCAUCUAAGUCCUAAUGUUGAUGCAGAACAAGUUGAAUUAAGCUUUCGACAGGGAGAUUUGAUUACUAUUUUUGGGCCAAUGGAUGAAGACGGGUUUUACUUGGGCGAAUUAAACGGAAUUAGAGGCUUAGUCCCUUCCAAUUUCCUACAACCAGCCCCACAAACAACAGAACCAGUACUUCAUUCUAGACCUAAAGGCGUUGCUUUCUGUUCUGAUUUGAAUAAUUCUGAUUAUCAAAUGAUGGCUAAAACUUCGAUUGGAAAUAAAAAAGAACAGGGAGGAGGGGGUAGAGGACAACAACAACAACAACAGCCACUUCAAGGAGGGACAGGAGGAACGUCUGGGACUGGAGGGGGAGGUAGAGAAACUUACGGAAAUCUCCCAAGAAUAGCUUCCUCCUCAAAAACACUAAAUAAAAUCCAAAUAUCUAAUCAACAACAACAACCCUCUGCCCCUAUCCCGGCCAAAUCCUUAAUUAAAAAAAGCUCUGAUUUGAGCAACAGAACAAUUCAACAACAACCAAAUGUUAGAAAAGGCUCUCAUGCUGGUGCUAAAGGACCUCAUAGCGUUGUGAAGGUGGGUGUAUUAGGAAUGUUAGCAUGUCACCCGGUCUGAGGAAAAGUUCUUUUUAGAUUCGACCCGGAACCCGAUUCGAAUUUUUUUCCUCGACACGUGACAUCCCUUGGGCUUAUUUCUCUC